AUGCGGCUUGACGACGCGGGCGAGCCAGGCUUUGCAUCGUGCUCCUGGCCGAUAUGGCAGACCGAUGACUUCACCCGCUGUUUUCAGCGAGACUACCUCAAAGUCCUCCUGCCAUUGGCUAUCGUAACGCUCUCGUUUGUGCACCUCCUCGCCCACAACCUCAUCCGCGCUGCAAAGCUAAAGGGCACUCUCGGGUACGAACCCCUUGGGGCCGGCCCGACGACGUUAUCGCCGACGAGCCAUACCGAAUUACCGAGGGAUGAACAACCCAUUGGCGAGAGUGAUGAGGAGGAAGACCUGGUGAUCGAGGGCGGCCGGCUCGCGCUGGCGAAGACCACGACGAGGGGCUCCAUUGUCCAGGCGGAUAUCCCACCCGGGCAGACGCUUUCAAUCUGGAUCGAGGAGUUGUCUGUCAUUGGUCUAGUGGCCAUCAACGCUAUCGCAUUGGCCACGGGGGCAUAUGGCAAGAAAUGGGGAAGCAUCGCGGCCGUGGCCGGCUUGGUCACCUGGGUUUAUGCCCUGUUGUUGACAUCCCUUCGCCUCACUUUGGGGAAUACACAAUGGCGUGUGCCGCAUCUCUGGAACCACACGACGAUCAUCUACACUUUCCAAUGGCUGUUCACAUCGGUGAUCUUUCGCUCUGUCCUGAUCCGCGCGAGCUCCCAGCUCACCCAGACCCUUGCCAUUGCCGAGUUCGCCCUUAGCACACUGCUGUUCGUGAUGGCCAUCUGCACUCGCAAGGGAAACAAGACCAUUCUGCUGGAGUGGGAGGACGGCAUUGCGCCGGGCCGGGAGAACCUGGCGUCGCUCUUUUCACGGUACACGUUCUCCUGGGUUGACAGCAUCGUUUACGAGGGUUGGAAGGAGCCGUUGGAUAUCAAGAGGGUCUGGAACUUGCUGCCUAAGGACAAGGCCGCUGCCGUUUUGUCCAACUACCGGCUCUUGAAGAAGACGACAUCGCUGGCCGUCCACCUCCUCAAGUUCUUCAAGGGUGCCUUGGUCGUACAGGCGGCCUGGGCUGUCCUCGGUGGAGCGCUCACCUUCGCACCGACGCUGCUCCUCCGCGCCAUCUUGGAAUACGUAGAGGACCCCUCGAUCGCUCCCCGGAACGUGUUGUGGCUCUACGUCAUCCUCCUUCCCCUCUCCGAUGUACUUCGCUCCGUUGCAGACGGCCAAGCACUCUGGAUCGGUCGCAAGAUCUGCAUCAACCUGCGGGCCAUCCUGGUCGGCGAGAUCUACGCCAAGGCGCUUCGCAGAAAGGCAGCCGCAGGCAACGACAACGACCUCGGCGCUAAGAAGGAUGAUGACAAGAAGAAGAAGGGAAUCUUUUCCCGGGUCAAGAGGCUGUUGGGGCUCAGCAAGGACAACACGGCUUCGAACGAUGCCGCAAACGCAGCUGCUAGCAAGGGCAAGACGCCCGAUGCCGAUGAGCAAGCCAACUUGGGCACCAUCAUCAACUUGAUGUCAGUUGACAGUUUCAAAGUGUCUGAGAUUACUUCUUAUCUGCAUUUCCUCGUCGCGGCGGCGCCUACGCAGCUCCUCGUGGCCAUCAUCCUGCUCUACCAGGUCAUGGGAUACAGCGCCAUCCCCGGUCUCAUCAUCAUGGCGUUGUUGCUGCCAGUCAACAUUGCCUUCGGCAAGGGCUUCAACUCGAGCCAAAAGCGGAUCAUGGCUGCCACUGAUAAACGUAUUCACACCACCAACGAGAUUCUGCAGAACAUCCGAAUCAUCAAGUAUUUUGCCUGGGAGCAUCGGUUCUCCCAGAUUGUGGACGAGAAGCGCCGGGCGGAAUUGAAGGCUCUCCGUUUCCGUUUCAUGAUUUGGGCGGCCGCCGUGGCCGUCUGGAACACGGUGCCGAUUUUAAUCACGUUCUUCUCGUUCCUCGUCUACACCGUCGUUGAGCAGAAGCCGCUCUACCCGUCGGUCGCUUUCACCGCGAUCUCCCUGUUCAUGCUCCUACGCUACCCGCUGGAUCAGCUCGGCGACAUGAUUGCCCACGUUCAAGAAUCAGCCGUGUCUAUCGAUCGUAUCGAAGAGUUCUUGUCUGAGGAGGAGACCGAGAAGUUUGCGCAGCUGGGUGUUGACAACGUGGACGAGAAUGGCAACCGGGUCAUCGGGUUCAAGAACGCGACCUUUAUCUGGGGCAGCCGGACGGCGGUUGCUGAGGAUGGCUCCAUGGCCUUCCGCCUGCUAGACCUCGACCUCGACUUCAAGAUCGGCAAGCUCAACGUCAUCACUGGCCCAACUGGCUCUGGGAAGACCUCGUUGCUCAUGGCACUUCUCGGCGAGAUGACUAUCAUGAAGGGCCGCGUCUUCCUUCCCGGAGGACGCAGCCGUGAGGAUGUUCGGCCCGACCCAGAGACCGGGCUUGCCGAGACCUGCGCCUAUGUCGCUCAGCAAGCCUGGCUUGUCAACGCCAACAUCAAGGACAACAUUUUGUUUUCGGCACCAUAUGACGAGCAGCGAUACCGCGAUGUCAUCGUAGCCUGCGCUCUGGAACGUGAUCUCGAAAUUCUGGACAACGGCGACGAGACGCUGGUGGGCGAGAAAGGCAUCACCCUUUCUGGUGGUCAAAAGCAACGUAUCUCCCUGGCGAGAGCGGUGUAUUCUAACUCGAAACACCUGCUCUUGGAUGACUGCUUGAGCGCUGUCGAUUCCCAUACGGCGCAGUGGAUCUUCAACAACUGCAUCAUGGGCCCGUUGAUGCGUAACCGCAGCUGCAUUCUCGUCUCCCACAACAUCCCGCUCUGUGUGCCGCAUGCCGACUACGUUGUCACGAUGGCCAACGGCCGUGUCACCCACCAAGGCACGCCGCAGGAACUGAUUGGUGCGGGCGCGCUUCCUGAGGAUGUCGCUGUGCAAAAGUCCGCGCCGGGUUCCGCUCACAUCUCUCGCGUGCCGUCAAGGGUCCCUUCUAGCGUCGGCGAGGAGAGCGGUGCUACGCUGAUCAAUGAUGCAGAUGGCGGUUCUGGUGACCAGCACAAGGCGAAAGACGACCCUGCGAAGAAAAAGGAGACCAAGAAGGUCGACGCCAUGGAGGAGACCAGAUCUACCGGGGCGGUCAAGUGGCCCGUCCUGAAGCUGUACCUGGGAUCCAUGGGCGGGUGGAUGUUUUGGAUCGCCGCGGCCUCUGUCUUUGCUACGCAACAGUUCUCCGGCGUGGCGUCCAGCUUCUGGAUCCGGGAGUGGUCCAACCAGUACGACACCGAGGAGAAGGCCAAGAUCGGGUUCAACAUGAACUCCAACAGUUACUCGGUCCAGACGCUGUCGCCGACCUACUUUGCGUCUAUCGCGAACUAUGUGAAGGGCAACAGCACUACUUGGAUGACGGCGACGGCCGACUCGGGCACACCGGUGCCGGAGGUGAACGUCACAUACUACCUAAUCGUACUGGCGGCGAUUGGUAUUGCGGGCGCGCUGGCUGCUCUAUUCCGGGAUCUGUGGCUCUUCAAGGGCUCUAUCAGCGCCUCGUGGAAGCUGCACGACGGCCUGAUGCGGUCGGUCACGGGCGCCAAGUUCAAGUUCUUCGACGUCACGCCGCUGGGCCAGAUGAUGAACCGAUUCAGCAAGGACCUGGAGAAUGUCGACCAGGAAGUCGCGCCCAUUGCCAUCGGCGUCAUGUCCUGUGCCCUGGCCAUCAUUGUUACUGUCAUUUUGAUCGCCUAUAUCACGCCCAUGUUCCUGGUCGCGGGCGUCUUCAUCGCGCUGGCGUAUUAUUUCCUGGGCAGUUUCUAUCUCCACGCGUCGCGCGACCUGAAGCGGCUGGAGUCAGUCGAGCGUAGCCCGCUGUUCCAGCAGUUUGGUGAGACGCUCAGCGGCGUCACGACGAUCCGCGCGUACGGGGACGAGCGCCGGUUCAUCCGCGACAACCUAGGGCGCAUCAACACGCAGCUCCGGCCGUUCAUCUACAUGUGGGCCGCUAACAGAUGGCUCGCAUUCCGGACCGACUGCCUGGGAGAUGUUGUCGCUUUCUUUGCCGGGGUGUUUGUCAUCAUCGGGCUCGGCAAGAUCGACCCGGGCUCGGCGGGUAUCUCGUUGAGCUAUGCGAUUGGAUUUGCUGAUAACAUACUGUGGCUUGUCCGUUUGUAUGCGCUGAACGAGCAGAACAUGAACUCGGUCGAGCGGAUUAAGGAAUAUCUAGACGUGGAGCAGGAGGCUGUAGCGGUGGUCGAGGACAAUCGACCGCCUGAGAACUGGCCCGCCCAGGGCGCGGUUGAGUUCAUCAACUACAGCACACGGUACCGCGAGGAGCUCGACCCGGUUCUGCGGAACCUGAGCUUCCGCAUCGAGGCCCGCGAGAAGAUUGGCAUUGUGGGCCGUACCGGUGCUGGCAAGAGUUCGCUCACCUUGGCCAUCUUCCGCGCGUUGGAGGCGGACGAGGGCAAGAUUCUCAUUGACGGUGUCGACGUGGGCUUGAUCGGCCUCCGUGACCUGCGCGAGGCCAUCACGAUUGUGCCACAGGAACCCACCCUGUUCAUGGGCACCAUCCGGACUAACCUCGACCCCUUUGACCUGUAUACGGAUGAGGAGAUCUUCACUGCGCUCCGCCGCGUGCACCUGAUCCAAGCGGGUGAACUCACCUCCGUCACUGCUCCGGCUACACCAACCAUGGCCCUCCCCGAAGCCACUACCGCAACAGAUAGCAUCAACACGCCCACCACGCCUACCACAGCCGCCAACAACAAAAACAUCUUCCUCGACCUCUCCUCCCCCGUCACCGAAUCCGGCAACAACCUCUCCCAGGGCCAGCGUCAGCUCCUCUGCCUUGCCCGCGCCCUGCUCAAGAACCCGACCGUGCUUGUCAUGGACGAGGCGACCGCCUCCAUCGACUAUGCCACGGACUCAGCCAUCCAGGAAACCAUCCGCGAACUGACCAGCACGAUCAUCACCAUUGCUCACCGUCUGCAGACGAUUGUGGAUUAUGACAAGGUGUUGGUGUUGGAUAAGGGGGAGAUUGUAGAGUAUGGGCAUCCGUGGGAGUUGAUGCGGAAGCGGAAGCAGGGCGAGGGGAAAGGGAAGGGUGUUGCUACUACUGGUGCGGGUGCUACUGCGGGCGACCGUGGUGGUGUGUUUAGGAGUAUGUGUGAGACGAGUGGGGAUUAUGCUGUGUUGGCGGCUGCUGCGAAGAAGGCGUGGAAGGCGAAGCAGUUGGUUGAUGUUGAUGAUGAUGAGGAGGAGGAGGAGGAGGAGGAUGACGAUGAGGCCGGGAAUCGGGAGGAGGGCAAGGAAACUGGUGGGGCGGCUGCUACGGACGUGGAGCAGUAA